CCUCCCAUCGAUUUGCUCGAAACCCAUUUUAUUUUGACAUGUCAAAGAAAAGCAAUCUAAACGGUGUCGUAUAGCUGCCGAAAAGCAAAGAAAUGAAACCGAUAAAGGCGAACAUAACAUGAUGCCUGGAUGUGAAACCCAAUCGAUCAAAUCCAGUUAAUUUCUGAACCUGAGUUCCGACCUGUCCUCCCCCAAAAAAAAAAAAAAAAAAAAAGCUUUCUCUGAGGCUCUCUCACCCACGCCCAAUCCUGUCCACCGCCAAAAAAAAAAAAAAAAAAAAAAAAAACUGAUAGUUCAAGAAAAGAAAAAAAGAAAAGAACGAGGAGCGGAGGAGAGUGCACAGAGAGUUUGAUACACCGAGGAGGUUAGGUUGACUUUUUUAUUUUUUAUUUUUAUGUUUUUUUGGCAAAUGCUCUUGAAGUUGUUGGCGUAAGGGGAUCUGGGAAUGAUGGCUAUAGCUGAAGAGAAAUCGCCGUCCGACGGUAAAGUUUGGGGCUUCUUUAAGCGUCCGUUCCGGCAGCAAGCCGGAAACACCAUCAAUACGACGACGUUGUCGUCUUCUUCCACUUCGCACAAUGUUCACCACCACCAUCACCACCACCACCACCAUAGCUCACAACCCCUUGAGGGCUCCAAUCCACAAGCCCCCAAUUCCGUUUCCUCGGUUGCACGGUCUCUGCUUCCAACUCGGCGUCGGCUCAAGCUCGAUCCCUCCACUAAGCUCUACUUUCCUUGUGAACCUGGGAAGCAGGUCAGGAGUGCCAUUAGAAUUAAAAACACAACCAAGUCUCAUGUAGCAUUCAAGUUUCAAACAACAGAACCAAAAAGUUGUUUUAUGCGACCUCCAGGGGCCAUUCUUGCUCCUGGCGAGACUAUUGUAGCAACAGUGUUCAAGUUUGUGGAGUUUCCUGAGAACAAUGAAAAACUGGUAGAUCAGAAGAGCAAGGUUAAGUUUAAAAUCAUGAGCUUGAAGGUGAAGGGAGCAAUGGAUUAUGUACCUGAGCUGUUUGAUGAGCAAAAGGACCAAGUGGCAAUAGAACAGAUAUUGCGGGUUGUCUUUAUCGAUCCACAGCGUCCGAGUCCAGCUUUGGAAAAAUUGAAGCGUCAAUUGGCUGAUGCGGAUGCUGCACUUGAAGCACGCAAAAAACCUCCAGAAGAUGCGGGUCCAAAAAUUAUUGGGGAAGGGCUUGUAAUAGAUGAAUGGAAGGAGCGGAGGGAAAGAUAUCUUGCUCGACAGCAGGUUGAAGGUGUGGACUCAGCAUAGACUGGUUUCUUUCUUUCCAGAUGCUUUUCUCCAAAUUGAAAAGAAGUCUAUAUACAGUCUAAUGCUGAUAAAUUUAUGUGUCUUGUGACCUGAAAGAUGUGGUUCUGAAGAAAUGAUAAGGACACUCCAAUAUACUUUGAUGUAAAAAGAACUUGGAUUGGUGAGUCUCCUAUAAUUUGGGAUACUCUAAAUUCGGCUUGACACCUACCUGUAGAUAAAGUGAUUUUGUUUCUUCCUGUCAGUAAUAAAACUGGUUUUAUGGGGAUGUAAAUCACUAAAAACAUCUGUUAGUGUGGAAUAUUCUUGUUGAUAGGUAUGCAUUGCUAUUUGGAUUCGUUUACCUAAACAUGCAUAGUUGAGAACCUGAGGCAUAAAAUUCUGUCCGUUUUGCA